AUGAAAAUUGCCAUUGUAACUGGAGGAGCCCAGGGGAUUGGAAAAGCAAUAUCCAAGUAUUUACUGAUGCUAGGAGCCAAAGUGUGCAUUGCUGAUGUGAACAAAUUACAAGGCGAAAAAACAGUUAAAGAACUUGUGGAUGCGUAUGGGAACAACGCCAACUUUCAGCAAUGUGACAUAACAAGUAAUGAUGAGGUUAAAAAUUUAAUGAAGGCUACAACAGAAACGUUUGGUGACGUCACAAUCAUGGUGAACAACGCUGGCAUUAUGGAUGAGAUUAACAUUUCCCGAGUUAUUGCGGUCAACCUGGAGGCCCAGCUACAAUGUACGAUGAUUGCACUGGAGUUCAUGGGUCUCAACAACGGCGGCAAAGGUGGAACGAUUAUAUUUACUUCGUCAGUUGUUGGUCUUGUACAAACAGGUGUUAUGGUAAUGUACUCAGCCGCGAAGCAUGGACUCAUAAGGUUUGUUCGUAGCAUAGCGUUAAGUCCCAGGGUAGAGGACUGGGGAGUACGAUUCAACGCUGUGUGUCCCAUAAAAGUAGAAACAGACUUAUCCCGCGACGAGGCCAUGUGUAAAGCAGUAGGAGAUCCGGUUGUUCGUGACCAACUUCUUAAAGAAUUACAAACAACAUUCAGUGUUGACCUCAAGCGUCUGAGGAACACAUACCAGUACCUACUUCUCAACAUUAUGGUGAGGUUGCGCCUGACACCUCUCCUUUUUAAAAUAAUAUUGGCAGCGUUUGAAUUGGCUUGUGACGCAAAACUUACGUCAAAUAGCACUGCACUCGUUGAAAAUGGCACAACACGGCCUGUUAAUGGUAAUGCACGUAUUGCUGAUGAUAGAACCACACCAAGUUAUUUAAGUAAUCGACCCAAUGAAACUGAUGACCGUGAUUCUAUACUUGUGGGAAAUCUUAUAAGCCAUUCGAAGGAUUAUGCAUAUAUUGAUGACAUUUGUGAAUAUGCCCAAAGAGCAAUUCUAGAUGUAAAUGAUGCUAAGGAACUUUUUCCGUUGUUUAAGCUAAAACUGGAUCCAUGUUUGCCGGAAUUCGAUAUAGCCACUGCGAACAGCAAACUUUGGGACUAUAUCUACAGAGGUCGUGAUACUUCCAUCCUAUUGAGCUAUUGGGCAGGAAGAGAGACAGAUGUCCCGAUAUGCACUAAAUGGGGAUGCAUAGUGAAUAGCGUGUCUAUUUAUUCGAAGUACGAGAGGGAACCUUAUAAGUACUACGUCAAAAAUGUUGCUGGAAACAAUGAAUGUUCAUAUGUUUUUAAUAAGCUGAUACAGUUCUUUAAGUGGAAGAAAGUAGGACUGAUUAGAUAUGAAAGUAAUUUGAUGGCUGAGCCAGUUCAGGUGUUCAUGGACGAACUUAAAAGAGGAAAUGCAACUAUUGAUGCUGAUGUACUGUUAACAUCUGAUAAAGCAUCGCCUGAUGUCAUUUGGGAACCACUACAGGAUAUUCGGAUUUUCGUAUCUUUCACAAUUGGUUUCGAUGACUUUGGUCGACUUCUAUGCAAGCUAUAUAACCUUGGAUAUUAUGGCAAGCACUAUGUACUGCUUGCUGUCUACAUGACCGAUAAGUAUAAAGAAGAAUGGGAUGCCAUUGAUGAAUCUCAAGAAUUUUACGGAUGUUCCAAGGCCAACCUGAUGAAAGUCCUCGAAGGAACCUUGGGUUGCUCUCAAAUUGUAACAUAUAUUUUGGGAAUGUAUAAUAAUCAUACCCAUUUCUCAACUAAAAAGACAUAUGAUGAUAUGAAAUCGAAUGUUAAGCCAAUUGAAAGAAUGGGACUUCGCUUUUAUGAGCCAUUGAUAUACGACAAUGUUUGGGCGAUAGCUUUGGCGAUUAAUGCGACCAUUCAGGAACACGGAAUCGAAAACGUCAAAAAUUAUAAACACAGUGAUAACAAAACGAAGCCAUUACUCGAUUCGCUGUUUAAGAAUCUUCUACGUGUAGAAUUCCAAGGAAUAUCGGGCCGAUACUAUUAUAAAUAUACGACUAACUGGACUGGUGUGAGGCAGUUUGACAGUUAUAUUGGACUUUUCGAUUCACUAGGGGGAUUGUCAAAUAUUGGCCAUUUUGACAAAAAGACUAGAAAGCUGGUCAUAACUCAGCCAGAUGACGUCAUAUGGAAAUCAAAGGGAGGAUCAACCCCACCUGACAAGGAAACAAAACAAUUCGAACGUAAACGCAUCAACAAGACUGCCUUGAUCGUACUAUCGGUAUUUGCCGCCAUUGGGAUAACAUUAGCAAUGACAUACAUAGUUUUUGCAAUUGUUCAUCGAAAGCACGUAAUGAUUAAAGACGAAUGGCCUAUAAUGACCUGUAUCAUCAUCGUUGGAUGUAUUCUUCUUGAUGGUUAUGUCUUAAUUCACUUAGCAGACAUUCAUACUGGUGUACAACCAGAGUCGUCUCUUGGAGAUUUGUGUAAGGCAACGACGGGGCUUCUCAUAUUUGGAUUCACAUUCUUUUAUGGUGGAAUAGCUGUAAAGUUAUGGGGUGUAUAUAUGAUUUUCGGCCGACGUAAAACAAAAGUAAUGAAGGAAGGAUGGUUGAUUUUUUUGUUUUCACUGCUCAUUGCUGUUGAUGUUAUAACAAUUGCUGUUUGGUUUACCGUUGAUCCUUUGCAUGCAAGGACAAUAGAGUUGGCAUCUUCGCUUGACGAUGAGACAUAUGUCAGAACAAUAACGGUAAUGAUUGGAUGUGAAUCGGUGUACAAAACGUACUUUCUGAUCGCCAUACUGUGCUACAAAGCAAUUGUAUUGUUGUUGGGUGGAUUCAUAGUAUGGCCAGCAUUGUUUAUGUCUAUGAGAAAAGGAUUUUUUCACUUCUCUGGUUUUGCCAUAUCUGUGUUCACGAGUACGUUGGUCAGCAUUGUACUAGUUAUUGUUUCGUUCCUGAUCCCAAGAGAGCCAAAUGCUUUGUUCAUCAUCACUGGGUGUUUGAUAGUUUUCACAACGAUUUUGACUGUAUUACUUAUAUUUAUCCCAAAGGCUAUCAUUAUAGCACGUGGGGGUGAUCCACUUUACCAGAAGUUGUUUUCCCCUAUAAGUGCAGCGUUUGGUUUCUUGGAAACUAUAGCCGGAGAAGGCCAGAUGCCGGGAUUGGGUGCUGUUAAGUCGUACAGAAUGCCUGGAGUUGCUCUUGCUGUCGGUAGGAUUGAACCGGGGGGACAAACAUCUGUAUUGUGCAAUGCGUAUCAUCACCAUGGCAAGACAGACAAUGCUGGAAUCAAAUCUUCUAAUGGGCCAAUUGAUACCUACUAUGAAUCCAAGAAUGGAUCUUUGAAUAUGAAAUGAAUUUAAAGCAUCUGUUACUUUUUCAAUAAAAGUUCGUGUCAAUUUUGUCUGAUUCCUAGUGUUAACGAAUUGGGAGGCUCUUAACCAUAAAAGCAAAAACUUACAAUUGGAUGCGUUGGGAGUACAUAAACUGAUAAAUUACACUGAGCAGUGACAGUUGAUAUAGGUAAAGGAAAAUUAUUAGUUGAUGCUAAAACAAUGUACGGAAUUGCUUAAUUUUAAUUAUUUUUGGCUAAAUACCACUGUACAUGUUCAAGUUUUAUAUUCUGUGAGCAUACAUUAAAUAUGCUUGAGAAUAUUGUUCUGCAUGGUAUCUGAG